UAAAAUAUCCAGCAAUUAUUUUGAUUUAUUUUUAAAUAAUUAAACAAAACAGAAAUGACAUCGAGAGACGGAAUUUUCUCAGAAAUGCCGCCCAGUUUUGCGGACUUAACGGAAGCAGUGGAGAAAAUCGAAAUGUUAAUUGCAAGGAAAAAAUUGAAAUCUAAGUUAUUUUAUGAUAUGCUAUUGGGAUUUCGUAUGUUGGAGGAGGCACUGCAAUAUAAGCAGUCGGAAGCUUAUGAGCUGGUUAUAAGAUGGACUAAACUAUUUUUGAAAAUUCAGUCCAACCUUACAAAUCAACAUGAUGGAAUUCGCAGACAAUUUGAAAAAGUAGUGCCUCCAGCAAUCACAUAUAUUAUUGGUUGUUUGCAGUACAAAACAAAGGCUAUAAUCUCUUAUCACUACCAAUUAUUGGAAAUGAUACAUGAGUUAUUACUUAACCUACGACCGGGAGUUCUCGAAAACUUGGCUACAUUCGAAACGGGUGUUAUAGCUUGCGUUUGGUUUCCUAUUGGAUUUGUUGGCGAUUUUAACACACAAUUGUUGGCAUUGCGUUUAUUAGCAAUGUUAUUAAAAUGUGUAGAUCCAAAGCGACUGCAAAAUGAACUCAAUAGUAUUCGUUGCGCAGACAAAUCAGUUUUAAAAAAUAAAUUAACUGCUGCUAUAGCUGUUGCCAAUUUCCAUACUGCGAAAUUUGAAAACACGGCUAGGGAUCUUUUGAACACUUAUAACAUGCAUUUGGCAAAAAAUAUUCUAGUUUAUUCAUUUCGUUGCAAAUCAUUCAAGUUCGGAGAAAAUAUAAAUUUUUUCAAGCCAUUGAAUGUAGAAAAUUUUUGGAUAGACUUUAAUUACUGUCCACGCACCCUCUCGUUUAAUGGGCGUUGUCAAACAAAUACCAAAGCAAUAUAUACAAACUGUUCUGCGAGUCUAAAAAUAACUAAGUUGUCGCUCAAUAACUUAACACUCACCGUGCAUUUUCAAGCGCCAGUACAAAUUUUUAAGGAAACUAGUGAUUUACCCGAUGUAAGUCAAAUUACAACAGCUAAAAUCAUUAUACCAAGAGAUGAAGCUAUGCGUUUAUUGGAAAAUGAAUUUAUUUUGAAAUACUUUAAUGAAUCCCCUCUGCCGAAUCUGCCCAACAAAAUUUCAUCAUUUGCUAAACCAAUUAAUAUAUCCACACCACUUUCAAGUUCUCAAAAUACCGAAAAGACGGUUGGCAGCAAAACAAACAAAGGCAGGAAUGAUUAUCGGAGCUUAGAGAACAAGGAAAAUAUUUCACCUGAAGAAGGAAUUACAGACACUAGAAGCGAAACGUCAAACAAGAAAAAAACUUCAAAACAGUUUCAAAAAAGCUAUGAGAUUUUAAUUGGAAUACCUAAAAGUAAUAACGAGAAAACUAAUGAAAAACGCAUAGUCAGCAAUACAAAGGAUAAAACAGCAAAAUCCACGGAAAAUCUAAACUUUCAGUUGCCACAUUUACUAAACUUGCAAAAGGAAUUUGAAGACGACCUGUCAAAAAACACACGUAGUCGUAGUACUCAUAGAAAAAUAGUUAACUACUCAACAUCCACUUCAGAAUCACUAACUUCUUCACAAAUAUCUACAAACCCUUUAAAUGAAAAUGCCAAACCAUCGCGAAAACGUUUCUUUAAAACUCAGAUUUAUAACUCCGACGCUGAUUAUGUUCCCAACAAAACUAAACGAGUUUCACGCCCACGAAAUGCCAGAAAUGCAAGGCAAAAAAGUUCUAAUACUUCUAUAAAUAAGAUGAAAAAAAUUAAUGAAGUUAAGCCCAUGUUAUACUCGAACCAAGAACUUACAAAAAUUGUUGCAAACACAUGUACCAGUCACUUCGCUGAAGAAGUUAGUACUAAUUUAAACGAACAUUUACCAAAUUCGACAACAGUAGAACAGUUAUCCAAUUACGAAUUAAAUACGAAUGUUUAUGAAGAUCUCACCGUAAGCGAUGCCGAGCCAGGACAAUCAUAUCGUAACUUUAGAAUUCGGCGUAAUCCGUUUGACGAUGAAAAUACUAACAAUGAAGUAAAACGACCAAGAACCAAACCAAGAAAUUCAUUGCCGCGUACUAUUAAAACAAAGGGUCAACUCGUUGUUAGGUCCAUCAAACCCGGUGCAGAGAAAACGUUGGAUCCAUUUGAUGCAGCGAAAAAUUUGAAGAUAACCCAAUCAAAAGUUCAACAACCGGAAGAAGCAGAAUUCACCAAUAAAAAUCUAACUGUUUAUUCAACGGAUAUAGAUGUGUGCUCGACAACAAAGCAAAGUUUAAACGAUGCUGUCGGUUGUAAAAGAAAAUUAUAUGACACAGAGACACUCAACGUAGAAAAGGCUCUGCCAAUAGGAAAUACUGUAAGAAAUGAGUAUGAAAUAUCCAAAGCAGUCGUGCAAACGCUCGAAAAAGCUUCCACUAAUGAUGCAGUAAAAGAGAUUGAAAUCUGCAACAAUUUGCCUGUGCCAGCAAUUGAUGCCGAAUUGAACGUAGAAGAGCAGGUUGAUGACAUUCAGGACUGCCGUCAGGAUGUGAGCCAAAUUGGCAUUAAUAACGUAUGCGACUAUGACGAGUUUAGUGAUUUUCCGACUUUUUCCACUCUAUUGGAUAUCUCUGAUAUGUGUCUAUCGCCUGAACGUCAAUCGAAUAAUGAUUUAACACAAAAAGCUACACAACAGGCUGGCACUAACUUGGCACUGUCUACUAAAUCAAAAUCACCAGUUCUAAUGGAUUAUGCAAAUAAAUUGGAGUCGAAAAAAAGUAUCAUAUAUUGUUCGCGAUCUGAAAACGAUAGUGACAGUGAGCAAUCCACAAUUUCAAAUAACAAUAGAGAAUUAUCAGUGACACAAACCUUGGAACUGCCUUUACAACGUCAGCAGCAUGUGUUCUUAACACCACAAUUACCGUUGCAAAAUUUUCGAAAAACCACCAGCCUUACCAAAUGCCAAGUCACCAACACCGGAACGUCGGUAAUCACACAGCAAGAUAGUUUUAUACAUAAGCGAAAAUUUGUAGUAAAUUUAGCAGCUUCAACGAAUGCUCCGCUAAAUCUCUCAAAAACCAGCUCAAGGAUUACUGCAACAACAACAACCAAAGCCGUGGUAGAAGAAAAUAGCCAAGUUAACGUGAAUAGUCCCAUACAAAGAAACGGAAGUUUUACCGCACCAACACCGAAAGCACUUUUACAAGAGUCUGCGGAUAUGAUUGCCUCUUAUAAUAAAAAUUUAAAUAUACACUUAGACCAGAUUGAGACAAGUAUCGGUUCGAAUUCAGCUAAUGCAUAUAUUGAAAAAAUUUGCGAUAUUGGCGAAAGUAUGAUAAAUGAAAUAGAACGCGAGCGAAAAUCACUGUGGGAACUGGAAGUCAACGCUGAACGACUCUCUCGUCAACUCGGUUGGCAAUAUGAAGCUUAUCAGCGAAAACACCAGCAAUUUCAAUGUUUUAAACAAAAUAUUGACGAUCUUUUACGUAUAUUAAGUAAUAUAAAUUUAUCGGAAGAAAUUGAAAAUGAUGCUAAGCAUAAAAUUGAGAAACUUCUCCAAACUUCUAACUAUAUAACAGGCCAAGAAUGGCGAAAUUUCGUAAAUGAAAGCACAGAAAAUUUGCUUAAAGAUAUUUCCUCAUUAUCCAAUUUAUAGAAUUAAUGAUGUUUAUUUUUAUUAUUUGAAGAAUUAAUAAUCAAUAAAAAAUUUGAAGAAGUUUAAUUUUCCUAUUCGUUAGCAAUUAAUUUGAACAUAAACACAAAACGGCAAAUCCAGCUGCACCGAAACUACAAUAUUUUGAAUUUUGUCUUGAUUUUCAUCGUCCAGUUUGUAUUGCAACUCUAUGCUAAAGUGGUCCGAUCUGGACAAUUUCUUCGGAGAUUGUACCGUUGCCUUGAAUAUUAAUCCACUUCAAAUUUCGUGAAGAUAUUUCGACAAAUCCAAAAGUCUUCCAUGCAAGGAUUUGAUUCCGAUCGUUCAUUUUGUAAUGCAGCUAU